AUGCAGAUUCAGGGAAUGGAACUCCUCAAAAUUUCUCUGCUCGCUCCAGUCCUUUGCAUUUUCUGUUUUGCAGAUGGGGGCUCGAUCGGGGUGAACUAUGGUAGAAUAGCUGACAAUUUGCCGUCAGCAGUGAAGGUAGUCGAGCUCAUGAAGUCUCAGGGCAUCGAUCGGGUGAAGAUGUACGACACAGAUCAGGCCGUCCUUAAGGCCUUAUCCAGAUCAGCCAUUAAAGUUGUUGUCAAUCUCCCAAACGAGCAACUCUCCAAUGCUGCCAGACGCCCUUCAUUCGCCAAUGCUUGGGUUCUUCACAAUGUUGUGGCCUACCACCCUUCUACCGCCAUUGAAGCUAUCGCCAUUGGCAAUGAAGUGUUCGUCGACACCCACAAUACAACCCGGUUCCUCAUUCCCGCCAUGAAGAAUAUUCAUCAAGCUUUAGUCAAGUACAAACUCGAUGACACCGUUAAAGUGUCUUCUCCGGUGGCUCUCAGUGCAUUGCAGAAUUCUUAUCCUUCUUCAGCCGGGUCAUUCCGGUCCGAUUUGAUUGAACCUGUGUUUAAGCCCAUGCUUGAAUUUCUCAGACAAACCAGGUCAUCUCUCAUGGUAAAUAUCUACCCAUUCUUUGCCUACGAGUCAAAUGCUGGUGUAAUUUCUUUGGAUUACGCACUUUUCCGGGAGAAUCCUGGCUUGGUUGACGCUGGGAACGGUCUGCGUUACUUCUCCCUCUUCGAUGCCCAAAUCGACGCCGUUUUUGCUGCAAUGUCGGCUUUGAAAUACGACGACGUCAAAAUCACGGUGACAGAAACCGGCUGGCCUUCUAAAGGAGACUCAAAUGAAGUCGGAGCAAGUGUCGAAAACGCCGCCGCGUACAACGGAAACUUGGUCCGGCGUAUCCUAACCGGCGGCGGGACCCCUCUACGGCCGCACGAAGAUCUCACCGUCUACCUCUUUGCUCUAUUCAACGAGAACAAGAAAUUCGGACCCACAUCGGAACGAAACUUUGGCCUGUUUUACCCCGACGAGAAGAAGGUUUACGACAUUCCAUUCACAGCGGAGGGUCUUAAGAGUUACAGAGACAAGCAUUCGCCGGCGACCGGAGGUAAACAGGGAGUGCCAACGGGAACCUCGAACGGGCAGACAUGGUGUGUGGCUAGUGCAGAGGCGGGGAAGGAUAAGCUACAAGCGGGUCUAGAUUAUGCCUGUGGGGAAGGAGGUGCUGAUUGCCAUCCGAUCCAGCCAGGGUCCACGUGUUUCGAUCCUAACACUCUAGUGGCGCACGCUUCGUUUGCCUUCAAUAGUUAUUACCAGAAGAAGGGACGUACGAUUGGCACUUGCUAUUUUGGUGGGGCCGCCUACGUCGUUUCUCAACAGCCCAAGUAUGGGAAAUGCGAAUUCCCCACGGGAUACUGA